AUGCAGUCCAUGGGCAUAUACACUUGCCUCAAGGCCUAUGUCAUCGAGGAGCUGCCGGAGCCGCCAAUGCCUCCAGGCUACAUUGGACUCCCAGGGCUCUUCGGCCUGCCAGGGUCCGAUGGAGAGCGAGGUCUGCCUGGCGUUCCUGGCAAGAGGGGCAAGAUGGGUAGGCCGGGGUUUCCUGGAGACUUUGGGGAAAGAGGCCCUCCGGGACUGGAUGGAAACCCUGGAGAACUGGGCUUACCAGGGCCCCUAGGAGUCCCUGGCCUCAUGGGCGACAUGGGAGCAUUGGGUCCAAUUGGCUACCCAGGACCCAAGGGCAUGAAGGGACUGAUGGGAAACGUGGGGGAACCCGGACUGAAAGGUGAUAAGGGUGAACAAGGGGUUCCGGGUGUGUCUGGAGAUACCGGAUUCCAAGGAGACAAGGGGAGCCAGGGAUUGCCAGGGCUCCCAGGCGCACGGGGGAAGCCGGGGCCUGUGGGCAAAGUUGGAGACAAAGGAUCCGUUGGGUUUCCUGGGCCCCCUGGACCCGAGGGAUUUCCUGGAGACAUUGGCCCCCCAGGGGACAACGGCCCAGAAGGCAUGAAGGGUAAGCCUGGAGCUCGAGGCCUGCCGGGACCCCGUGGGCAGCUGGGGCCAGAGGGAGAUGAGGGACCCAUGGGGCCACCGGGGGCCCCUGGCUUGGAGGGUCAACCCGGCAGAAAGGGGUUUCCUGGAAGGCCCGGUCCGGAUGGCUUGAAGGGAGAACCAGGCAAUCCUGGACGGCCGGGGCCCGUGGGUGAGCAGGGACUUCUGGGAUUCAUUGGUCUGGUCGGGGAGCCAGGAAUCAUGGGAGAAAAGGGUGACCGGGGCAUGAUGGGACCCCCAGGAGCGCCCGGACCCAAGGGGUCGAUGGGUCAUCCUGGAACUCCAGGUGGUGUUGGGACCCCCGGAGAGCCUGGACCUGCGGGUCCUCCAGGAUCUCGAGGCCCGCUGGGCAUGAGGGGAGCAAAGGGACACCGGGGACCCCGAGGACCAGAUGGACCAGCUGGGGAGCAGGGGUCCAGGGGUCUGAAGGGCCCUGCAGGACUACAGGGCAGACCAGGCCAGCCUGGGCAGCAGGGCAUGGCUGGCGAGCGAGGGCACCUGGGCACACGAGGCUUUCCUGGCAUCCCGGGUCCCUCCGGCCCCCCAGGUACCAAGGGCCUCCCAGGAGAACCGGGCCCUCAGGGACCCCAGGGGCCAGUUGGCCCUCCGGGAGAGAUGGGACCCAAGGGGCCACCAGGUGCAGUGGGAGAACCAGGCCUUCCUGGGGAAGCUGGAAUGAAGGGUGACCUUGGGCCUCUGGGCACCCCUGGGGAGCCGGGUCUCAUCGGGCAGCGGGGAGAGCCAGGCCUCGAGGGUGACACUGGCCCUGCAGGGCCCGACGGGCUGAAGGGGGACAGGGGUGACCCCGGGCCCGACGGUGAACGUGGCGAGAAGGGCCAGGAGGGACUGAAGGGUGAGGACGGGCCGCCCGGCCCCCCUGGCAUCACUGGCGUCCGGGGUCCUGAAGGAAAACCAGGGAAGCAAGGCGAGAAGGGCCGCAUGGGAGCCAAGGGUGCCAAGGGCUACCAAGGACAGCUGGGUGAGAUGGGCGUCCCUGGAGACCCCGGACCCCCUGGCACCCCAGGCCCUAAAGGGUCCCGGGGCAGCCUGGGACCAACGGGUGCUCCAGGACGGAUGGGGGCCCAAGGAGAACCGGGACUGGCUGGUUACGAUGGACACAAAGGCAUCAUGGGACCCCUCGGACCUCCUGGACCAAAGGGCGAAAAGGGGGAGCAGGGUGAAGAUGGCAAGGCCGAGGGGCACCCCGGGCCACCUGGAGAUCGGGGCCCUGUGGGUGAUCGAGGAGACCGCGGGGAGCCAGGGGACCCUGGAUACCCUGGUCAUUAUUUCACCCAUUUUGCAGAUGAGGAUGCUGAGACUCGGGGACAAUGA